GCGGGAGGACGAGCGGGAGGAGGAGCGGCAGGGGAACCGGGGAGGGGGUUAGGAGCGGGAGGAGGAUGACGGGAAACGGGAAGGGGCCGAGGAGGAGAGGGAGGAGGACUGGGAGAAGGGACGGGGAAGGAGCGGGAGUGGAGCUAUGGCGAGCGAAGAGGAGCGGGAGAAGGAGGGGGAUGCAGUCGGGGAGAGCGGGCAGGGGAAAAAAAAGCGGGAGGAAGUGGUCGGGUCGGAAAAGGCCAGGAAUGAAGCGGCUCCCGUUCGAGUCGUGCGGGUUGUGGACCGUGGCAUGCGGUUGGAGAGGGUGGCAUGCACUCAGCGAGCGCGGGCGCAGGCGAUCGUUCGGGAGCGAAGCGGGAGGAGGAGCGGGAGGAGGAGCAGCAGGGGAAACGGGGAGGGGGUUAGGAGCAGGAGGAGCACAACGGGAAACGGGGAGGGGGUUAGGAGCAGGAGGAGCACAACGGGAAACGGGAAGGGGCAGAGGAGGAGCGGAGGAGGACUGGGAUAAGGGACGGCCAAGGAGCGGGAGCGGGGCUAUGGCGAGCGAAGAGGAGCGGGAGAAGGAGGGGGAGGAGGAAGGGGGGGAAGAGCAGGAGAAGCAGUGGGAGGAGCAGAAGCAGCAGGAGCAGGAGGAGGAGCAAGAGGGGGAGCGGGAGAAGGAGAGGGAGGAGGAGACGGGGGAUAAGUGGGAGAAGGAGUGGGAGCGGGGUUAUGGCGGGAUCUUUGUCACGUUGUUUGGUGGACGAGGAGUUAGAGGACGAGGAGUGGGAGGAGAGGGAGAACGAGCGGGAGGGGAAACGGGAAGGGGUGGAGGAGGCGCGGGAGUUGGGGGGGGAGUGGACAUUGAUUGAUUGAACAAUCCAAAAAAAAAAAAAAAGAUCGCCGCGUUCUCCUUUUUUGUUCUCCUUUUUUUGUUUUUGUCUUUCAAUCAAUCAAAUCAACCAUG